GACUUGGGCUCCAUCUCCACCACUCUCCCUAAAGCCAUGGCCAAUUCCCUCUGGGACACCAGGGACAUCUCCUACAUGGGAUGUGUUACACAGUUCUUUUUCUUUCUCUUCUUGAUCUCAGCAGACUUUUAUCUUCUCACCAUCAUGGCCUAUGACCGCUACGUUGCCAUCUGCCAACCCCUGCACUACGGGACCCUCCUGGGCAACAGAGCUUGUGUCCACAUGGCAGCAGCUGCCUGGGGCACUGGGCUGCUCAAUUCUCUCCUGCACACUGCCAACACAUUUUCCCUACCCCUCUGCGGAGGCAAUGCUGUGGACCAGUUCUUCUGUGAAAUCCCCCAGAUACUCAAGCUCUCCUGCUCAGGAUCCCACCUCAGGGAAGUUGGGCUCCUUGUGGUUAGUGCCUGUUUAGCAUUUGGGUUUUUUGUUUUUAUUCUGCUGUCCUAUGUGCAGAUCUUCAGGGCCGUGCUGAGGAUCCCCUCUGAGCAGGGAUGGCACAAAGCCUUUUCCACGUGCCUCCCUCACCUGGCCGUAGUCUCCCUGUUUAUCAGCACUGCCAUCUUUGCCUACCUGAAGCCCCCCUCCAUCUCCUCCCCAUCUCUGGACCUGGUGGUGUCAUUUCUGUACUCGGUGUUGCCUCCAGCAGUGAACCCCCUCAUC